UGAUGGCACAAACUGUGAACUUUUACUUACUUUUCGGAGGACUUUGACUUUAAAGCACUGCAUAUUUAAGUGUUCCUUUGUAUUCCUGGAUUGAAACAUUGUAAUCACAGCCUGUUAUUCCAUACAGACUCUACAUCUUACUAGGAGUAAGGGACAGAUACACCGAAAGCCAGGCCCAGGAUAGCGUCCCUGGUCAGUGAUCACCACAAGUGAGGCAUACUGUAUUUACUAAAGUGAGAUGGACACUACCACAGGACCAACACAACCGAAGACAAGUCCAGAAGUAACACAAGACAGAGUUUUAAAUGAAAAUGACUGGAGAGACAACUGGGAGAAGAGGAAGAUAGGAUUUCAUGAAAAGAAUAUACAUGUAUUUCUAUCAGAAUUUGUAGAAGAUAUGGUGAACAAAAGAGCACAAAUCCACAUCUUUUUCCCUCUUUGUGGAAAAGCUGUGGAUAUGAAAUGGCUAGCUGACAUGGGACAUAGCAUUGUUGGAGUUGAUGUGUCUGAAAUGGGAUUAAAGGAGUUCUUUGAAGAACAAAACAUUCCUUAUGUUGAAGAAACCCUUCCUGAGAUUCCUGGUGCCAAGGUGUUUAAGAGCACAUCUGGCAAUAUUUCACUGUACUGCUGCAAUAUGUUUGACUUAUCAAGCUCAAUCAUUGGAAAGUUUGGUGGAAUUUGGGACAGAGGAGCCAUGGUUGCUAUCAAUUCUUGGGACAGGGAACGAUAUGCAAAGUUGAUAUUGACAUUAAUGGAAAAUGACUGCCGAUAUCUACUGGUUACAUGUGUGUAUGAUCCUAAACUGCAUCCAGGGCCUCCGUUUUAUAUAUCCGAUACAGCUAGAGAAAGCUUGCUUGGGCAAUCGUGUAAUGUGAAGUUUUUGAAGACUAUUGAUUCUUUUACUGACGAGCAGAGAGAUUGGGGACUUGAUUAUUACAAUGAUAAUCUAUAUCUAGUAACACUAAAAUCCAGUUCCUGAUUGGACAAAUAAAAAAGCCUGCUGGAGAAAUACAAAGCCAGUCCCUUUUCCUAGUUUUUUCUAGGCAUUUUAUUCAUUUACCUUAAUAAAUCCUGCCUGGGCGUUUAAUGAAACAAUAUUUGAAUUAUUCCUUAUUCAUUAUAUGCCAGAAAAAGACUAGUAUUUUUAAAAUAUACCCUUUUAUAGUAUUAAAUAAUGACAUAACUGAAUUGCAAAUUGUUUGGCUAAAACGGGAGAUUUACCUAAAUUGUUGUUUA